CGUAAUUCAUUUUUCUUCCCAAGGUCCACAAUCAACUAACCCAAAACCAACGCUCUUUUCACUUUCUCUCUCUAAAAUCUAAAAUCCAAAUCCCAAACAAAUCGCUUCUCUCUUCAACACACUCUUUCUCUCCAUUUUUCAAUUCAAACAAACUUAAAAAUCACGAUUCAAUUCAAUGCCGCGUUUGCUAGUAGCAUUAAGCUGCUAGUGUUAAAGCUUAUAAUAUCAUAACAACCAAACAUGGUCUUCAAAGGAAGAUUCUUCUCUUCCAAAAAAUCUGAAACUUCUAGUCCAGAUGCUUCUUCUAACAGUCCUCGAUCAAUCUCCUCAAAUUCUCCUUCUAGAUCUGAUAAGAAAAAAGCUAAAUCAACCGUUAUUCAAACCCUAAACUCCGCCGGAACAACCACCAGCGGCGGCGGAUUUCUCGGAGCAUCGGCUUCUAGUCGGAAGACGCAAGUUAAAGAAGGGAGUAAGAAGAAAGAUGUUGUUAAAGGAAAGGAGAGUGAGAUUUCAAAUCUGUCGGAAUCUCGCUCUCGUUCCGGUUCUAGUUCGAAGAAAUUGACUCCGGCAACGGCGGUGGAGGUGAAGGAGUUACCGUCACCGUCGCCAUAUUCUUCUUCAUCGUCGACUGCUGCGGCUUCUGUUUCACCGAUUUUGGCGUCGUCGUUAGGGUUGAAUAGGAUAAAGACGAGAUCGGGACCGUUACCGCAGGAGAGUUUCUUUGGUUUUAGAGGUGAUAAGGGAGGAGCUACGGCGGCGGUGCUUGGUGCUAGUAAUCUUUCUAGGCCUGGUGUUGGGAAGAAGAAAGAGGCUGGCAAUCAGAAUAGAGUCGGGUUUCGGGAAGGUUUUGUAAUUGGUGGUAGCGUUGAUAAUGGGAGUAAUUCGGAUAGUUUGUCGUCGGGGAGUGGUGUACAUUCGAUUGAUCAGAGUCCGGUUGUGUUGCCGCGGUCGCGAUUACAGAAUGGUGAAUCGUCUUCUGAAACAGGAGAGCAGACAUCAUCCCAGAGCCAGAAUGGAGGCUUAAGAAGUGAAGAUGUUUGCACCCCAGAGACCGCAUAUGAUUUUGAAAAUCCAAAAGAAUCUGAAUCUCCCCGUUUUCAAGCUAUAUUACGUGUCACAAGUGCCCCCGGAAAGAGGUUUCCUGGUGAUAUCAAGAGUUUUUCCCACGAGUUAAAUUCUAAAGGUGUCCGGCCGUUUCCAUUUUGGAAGCCUCGGAGGUUAAAUAAUAACCUUGAGGUACUUUACUUUCAUUUUACAUUUUAUUGUGGAUUUAAUGGUUUGUGUUGUAGGAAACAUUACUUCAAAAUUGCUACACUUAUUUUUUUGCAGGAGAUCUUGGUUGUUAUUAGGGCUAAAUUUGAUAAAGAAAAGGAAGAGGUGAACUCUGAACUGGCUAUUUUUGCUGCAGACCUGGUUGGAGUUCUUGAAAAAAAUGCCGAUAAUCAUCCGGAAUGGCAAGAGACAAUUGAGGACUUGCUAAUUUUGGCCAGGCGCUGUGCUAUGACUACAUCUGGGGAGUUUUGGCUUCAGUGUGAAAGCAUUGUUCAGGAUUUGGAUGAUAGACGUCAAGAGCUACCUCCAGGGACUCUAAAGCAGCUUCACACUCGAAUGCUCUUCAUUCUCACACGGUGUACUAGGUUGUUGCAAUUCCACAAGGAGAGUGCAUUGGCUGAGGAUGAACAUGUUUUCAAUCUCCGUCAAUCCAGAGUCUUGCAUACUACUGGAAAAAGUAUUCCUCCUAGUGGGGGAAGGGAUUCUAAAAGUUUUGGUGUUGCAAAGACCUCAAAGGCUUCAACCAAAAAAGCUUAUAGCCAAGAGCAGAGUAGCUUGAGUUGGAAGAAAGGUGUUAUGAAACCAGAAAUUCAGUUGCCUGCUGCCGAUGAUGAUACUUUAAAAAGCUUCGAGUCUCCUUCUGGCAGGAAUCGAAUGGCUUCAUGGAAAAAAUUCCCAUCUCCAUCAGGAAAAAGCCCAACAGAAACUGUUCAGUUGAAGGACCAAAGUUAUGGGACAGUCGAACCUUCAAAGACACCAGAUAAGAGAUUAACUUCUGAUAUAGAUCUCUCUGCUGCCAAGCCGUCGGAGCUUCUCUCUGUCAAAGAUUCUCAUGACCAUGCUUCCAAGCACCAACACAAAGCUUCCUGGGGAUACUGGGGAGACCAGCAGCCGAGUACUAAUGACGAGAGUUCAAUAAUUUGUCGAAUAUGUGAAGAGGAUGUACCUACUCUACAUGUUGAAGAUCAUUCAAGGAUCUGUGCAGUUGCUGACAGAUGUGAUCAGAAGGGUCUGAGUGUCAACGAGCGUCUCUUAAGAAUUUCUGAAGCCUUAUCAUCUACUCAGAAGGAUUCCCAACAAAUGGUCGGAAGUCCUGAUGUUGCAAAAGUGUCAAAUUCAAGCAUGACUGAAGAAUCCGAUGUUCUUUCCCCUAAACUUAGUGAUUGGUCGCGCAGAGGCUCAGAGGACAUGCUAGACUGUUUCCCUGAAACGGAUAAUUCGGCUUUUAUGGAUGACCUAAAAGGAUUGCCGCUUAUAUCAUGUAGAACUCGUUUUGGUCCAAAGUCUGACCAAGGUAUGACAACAUCAUCUGCAGGGAGCAUGACUCCUAGGUCUCCUUUAAUGACACCAAGGACAAGUCAGAUUGAUUUGCUCUUGGCGGGGAAGGGUGCUUAUUCCGAAAAUGAUGAUCUGCCACAGAUGAAUGAACUUGCUGAUAUAGCACGAUGUGCAGCCAAUGCUAGUCUGGAUGAUGAUCGCACGGCGUCGUAUUUAUUGUCUUGUCUUGAUGACUUGAGGGUUGUCGUAGAACGAAGGAAGUUCGAUGCACUUACUGUUGAAACCUUUGGAACACGCAUUGAGAAGCUGAUCCGGGAGAAGUAUUUGCAGCUUACUGAGAUGGUGGAUGUUGAAAAAAUAGAUGUAGAGAGCCCUGUAAUGGAUGAUGAUGUCAUCUUGGAAGAUGAUGUGGUUCGCAGCUUGAGAACAAGCCCAAUUCAUUCUUCAAAGGAUCGUACCUCUAUUGAUGACUUUGAGAUUAUAAAACCUAUCAGUCGUGGGGCAUUUGGAAGGGUUUUCUUGGCUAAGAAGAGGACCACUGGUGAUCUUUUUGCAAUAAAGGUUCUUAAGAAGGCAGAUAUGAUCCGUAAGAAUGCUGUAGAAAGUAUAUUAGCGGAACGUGAUAUCUUAAUUACAGUGCGCAAUCCUUUUGUGGUUCGAUUUUUCUAUUCUUUUACAUGUCGUGAGAACCUGUAUCUUGUCAUGGAGUAUCUGAAUGGUGGAGACUUGUAUUCAUUACUAAGGAAUUUAGGUUGUCUAGAUGAGGAAGUUGCUCGUGUAUAUAUUGCUGAAGUGGUGCUUGCAUUAGAGUAUUUGCACUCACUGCGUGUUGUGCAUCGUGACUUGAAGCCUGAUAAUUUAUUGAUUGCACAUGAUGGUCAUGUCAAGUUAACAGACUUCGGUCUUUCAAAAGUUGGUCUCAUCAACAGCACAGAUGAUUUGUCUGGCCCAGCAGUCAGUGGUACAUCCCUACUUGGGGAGGAUGAAUCUCAUACAUAUACAUCUGAGGAUCAAAGGGAACGGAGGAAGAAACGUUCUGCUGUUGGCACACCUGAUUACUUAGCUCCUGAGAUACUUUUAGGAACUGGACAUGGGUACACUGCGGAUUGGUGGUCUGUUGGGGUCAUUUUAUUUGAGUUGCUUGUUGGUAUUCCACCAUUCAAUGCAGAGCAUCCUCAGACUAUAUUUGAUAAUAUUCUUAACCGUAAGAUACCUUGGCCUGAAGUUCCUGAGGAAAUGAGUCUUGAAGCACAUGAUCUUAUUGAUCGAUUGUUGACCGAAGAUCCUAAUCAAAGACUAGGAGCUAGAGGUGCAUCAGAGGUAAAGCAACACGUUUUCUUCAAGGAUAUUAACUGGGACACGCUAGCCAGACAGAAGGCUGCAUUUGUUCCUGCUUCUGAGAGUGCUCUAGACACCAGUUACUUCACUAGUCGCUACUCAUGGAAUACUUCUGAUGGCCUUGCAUAUCCGCCAAGUGAUUUUGAAGAUUCUAGUGAUGCUGAUAGCUUAAGUGGCAGCAGCAGUUGCCUGAGCAAUCGCCAUGAUGAAUUGCAGGGAGAUGAAUGUGGGGGUCUUGCCGAGUUUGAUUCUAGUUCUUCUGUCAAUUACUCUUUUAGUAAUUUCUCCUUUAAGAAUCUCUCCCAACUUGCGUCAAUCAAUUAUGAUCUCACCAAGGGAUGGAAAGAUGAUCCCUCAACAAAUUCUAGUGCAUAGCUGUCUCAUCUCCUGUCAAAGUUCAGAAUUUGGUUUUCGACCUAUGAUGCAAGUAAUUUGGGAGGCAUAACAAUCAGUGUUGUUUGUAUAACUUGUACAUACAUUUAGAGAGACUCGAAGUGGUUCAGGAUGUACUCUUUCGAUAUUAGGUUACAGGAUAAUAGUGGGUGGUUUCAAUCUGCUGGUUAAAUUUGUGUAUGAAUUGAGGACUGUGUAAAUUGUAAAAUGCAUAUUAUAUUAGCUCAUAUUGUUCUGUAGUGUUCCCUAAUAUGUUAGCAAUGAGAAUACAUCCCAUUUUGUUCAGGCCACUGUAAUAUAAUUUACUUAUAUUUAUUUUUAUAUAUAUAAAAUUAAAGUGUGAGUGAAUUUUCUUAUUA